AUGUUGAUCAAGGUGCGGACGUUGACCGGAAAGGAGAUUGAGCUCGACAUCGAGAACGAGUACAAGGCGUGUGCUCCCUCCAUGAUACUUUCUUGUCGAAUAAAGGAGAAGGUCGAGGAGAAGGAGGGCAUCCCCCCAGUUCAGCAGAGACUGAUCUAUGGCGGCAAGCAAAUGGUUGACGACAAGUCCGCAUCCGAGUACGGCCUCGAGGCUGGUGCUACGCUGCACUUGGUCCUUGCCCUGCGCGGGGGCAUCUGA